AACUGCCGCGUCAGCGUUCGCCGUCUGAAGGAUGCGCUCCAACUUCUUCUCUUCACUCGAGCGAGUCGAAAAGCGACUCAAACUCGACCGCCCCCGCCGCCGCCAAACGCCGCAAACCACUGCUUCGCCAUCACUCGACCAUUCUCCGGCAUCCCCUCUCCACCUUCUCCCCUCCCUACCCUACCACCACGACCACCAAGCCCUCGAUCCUCCCCCUCCUCCUCCUCCUCUUCAAGAUAGCAGCGAAGCACCAGAGGCGUUCCUCUCUUUCUCUCCCCAGUUCCAUUCUCCGCCCGAAUCUCCUCCGCCGCCGGCAACGGAGAUCGACGCCGAUUCGGCCGACGACAUCGACCGGUUGAUGCGGAUGCUCGGUCUGGGGAACCGCGAGCCGAAGCCUCGUGGAGGAGGAGGAGCGGGCUGCGGAGACGCCGGGGCUUGCGAGUGCAAGGGAGGGUUCUACGAGCGAAUCGCCGGCGUGAAGGGGCCGAAGUGCCGGAAGGAGGCAGAGAGACUGGAUCGGUGGAUUGAGUGCUUUUUGAACGGCGGCGGCGGUGGUGAUGGGGAUGAGAGGGUGGAGCCGUUGAGGUUGGUGCAUCUGCUUCUGGGUAAAGCCGCGUCUGUCUGCGAGGGCGGUGGAUGCGGCUCUGGUGGGUUGGUGUUUCCUUCCACUGUGGAUGAGUUUCUUCGUAACGAUCCUCCUGGUCCUGAUGGUUAAGCCCCCAAAAAGGUACAUAAGAGAUGACAUUUGAGCAAUCUUCACAAGGUUUUGGUAACUGUUUGAGGUUGAUCGUCGUGAUCAUUUUGGUUAUUCGCGACGAAUUCUCAAUUUCCUUUAUGGUUAAAGUCUUGAGUUCUUGUUUGUCGGAAUGUGAUGCUCUGUAGAGAGUGAGGUUGAGUUUUGAUGCAACGAGAAGAUAUAUCUGUGCAAUUCUUGUUUCUGGGCUUUUUUGUCUGAUCGAGCUCUCUGGUCUACUUGCCAUUCGCCAUCUCUUUUCCGGUUCGAUCUGAAAUUGUGAUGAAGGAAGCUAGGGACAAGCAGCUGGAUUCUCUAAUGUGAUUAGGAUAUCCAAUGCAAGCAAACUCUGGCCAAAGGGAGAAGACAGAAGAUGCUGAUUGAGUGAGAGAUAGAGAGAGUUGUUAUUUAUGGGUUAGAAAUUGCACCGGAAAGAUCAUGAAAAGAGUCCAGACGGAGGAGGAAUCAUAGGACAUUUCUCAGUUGUUAUGCAAUCCAUUAUCAUGCUAAUUGGAAUGAACAUGUUGAAUGCCAGCUUUGAUGAUUUGUGUUUCAA